AUGGCCCGAUAUGAAGAAGCGAUCGAGGCUGCUAGCAAACGAGCCGGGAUCCUAGGAUGCGACUCCUACGUGGCAAACUUGACCUUUGCGGCCAACCAAACAAUCCCAAAGUUUUCUGCCAAGAAUCUGGUGAAUGUGACGCUCUGCCAACACUAUCCCGCUGUUCUUGAAGAGCUGACUCCUGUUGAGGAAUGUUUGAUUGCCAAAUGUCAUCCAAUUGGAAUUGUACUGAAGCUGCGUCCUGGGGGACACUCAUCACCGGUCAGCUAUCGUGCAGUACGGGGUCACUUCAUUAUAAUACCACAGGACCCCAAACCGCUACUACGUAUUCUCCCUAGCCCCGAAUUAAGUUUGGAUAACUUAAUCAAAGUUCUCUGGGCCGGAAGAGAUCCCCCGGUCGAUGCGGAAUUGAGGCCUUUCUUACUUGUACGAAAAAUCAGGGUACUCGCUGCUCUCCAAUAUUUGGUUCAACACAACCAGAUCUAUCAAGACGUGGAGAUCAACUAUCACAUGAUAGACGACUGGACCGAUGACUUUAUUCCGCCUGACGUGCGUGACAACAUUAUCUACCUUGACAAGCCUGAUUCCUGUGAACGGGAGGGCUACACGGUCAGCUUAGGCCGGAGUAGCUACGAAAAUGAUCUGCAAGCUGCCCAAGAUGGCAGCUUUGAUGCUGGGGAAAGCGAGCCUCUGACCACGGGCUCAGUUUCGACUGAUAUCAACGGUGAACGGCAAAACCCCGAUAAGCGACUUCUGAGUACUUUACUGGACUUAGUCUCCAACAGGUCCCAGCAACAGAACAAUAGGCAUAGUGUACCAGUAAUCUCUUACACCAUGCGUGGCCAAAUCACCUUAGUGGAUCAAUGGACGGACCCCCACUACCUCACUGCUGCGUUUCCGACCCUAUUUCCGACAGGUACUGGAGGCCAUCUUGAGGACCGCCCUUUCUCUGUAUCUUUAGGAUCAUUCAUGGAGUGGGCUCUGCGACACCACAGUAGAAGGUUCGCUCGCCACAAAACUUUCAUGUACCUUGGUUACGACAUGUUGCAGCUCCGCACUUCCUCAUUGGCAAAUAGACUCCUUAUUAAACGGCAGAACUGGAAGUCAGCAACUGAUGACAUGGCUGAUCUGACAGAGGAUCGACUACUUGAAGCACUGAAGGCUGUCGAACAACAUCACAAGAUUGAGGAUCCACUCAUCCGUCGACUUUUGCACACAAUGGAGUGUAUCGCGAUGCGGGUUCCAGGCUCCUUCGCCCAAAAACUGAGACUCCGAGCUGAAAUUCGAGGCCUAAUUAUCCGGCUUGCAAUGCCCGGGUUUUGGGUCACGAUCAACCCUUCGGAUUUACGAAAUCCUCUUGUCCUGAUUUUAGCAGGAGUGCAGUAUUCUGGUGACAUUUUCGCCGCUGCUAAUUCGGCUAUCCGUGAAGCCACUGCUACAUCGAACCCGGUUGCUGUCGCCGAGUUCUUUCAUCAUGUAUGCAAAGCCAUCUUCGAGGGACUUCUUGGAAGCAAUACCGGAAAAAUUGGAAUUCUGGGUGAAGUUUCCAAUCAUUAUGGUGUGGUGGAGACCAAUGGCCGUGGUAUGCUUCACUUGCAUGCCCUGGUUUGGCUCAGAGGUAAUCUUGGCUUCAAGACUCUGCGUAAGCGUGUACUCGAAGAUGCCAUCUUUGCUGCUAGGAUGAUCAGCUACCUGGAAAAGGUCAUCAUCCAAAGCAUAGAUGAAAACAUGCCACAUGAUCCCGAAGUCAAUCUCUCACCCAUGCCACCGUCGACCCGUGACGUGCAAUCCGAUAGUGACUUCCAUCUUAGACUGUCCUAUGACAGCAACCUGGUGGCUCAGCGAAAGCAGCUGCAUUCAAGACACCACUUCGCAACCUGUUUCAAGUACCGGUCGAAUCACCCUAACAAGGAUUCCUGUCGUUUUGGUAUGCCCAGAGACCUCGUGCCGUCCCCGAGAGUAGAUGACCUCGGUGUGAUUCACCUCGCCCGAAACCACCCUUGCAUUAAUCCUUGGAAUCCGGCCUUGGCCAGCUGCCUCCGUUCGAAUCAUGACAUAUCGUGGAUACCAACGGUUGCCAAAUCCCUGUCGCUGAUCUACUACGUUACCAAUUACGCUGCCAAGGACGACGUUUCACCAUGGCAGAUGGUUGCGAAAGCUGCCUUACUCAGACAGUCACUUGAAAAGGCAAGAGUAGCGGAUCCUCCAACAGAAGCAGACCUGCGCCUACGCGAGAAAGGUAUGAACAACUUUGCCCUGCGAUGCUUCAAUACUCUUGCACAUGACCGUGAAAUCAGUGGCGUUCAGGUUGCUAGUACUUUACUUCACCUCCCAAGCUACUACACCGUCAAUUACAACUUCGUCAGCGUCAAUCUUUGGUGGCUAAGGCAGUAUAUUCGCGCUAUGACUCAUCCACAAGAACUACAAGGUACUGUAGGAGAGGAAGCCUGCACGUAUAAAGUUGGCGACACUGCUCCUGUGAGCUUAUUCGACAAUUAUAAAUGGCGAGGGAAAAAUCUGGCCACUCUCACGUUUUUUGAAUAUUGCAUGCUAGUACGAAUGAGAGAUAAACAAGGCGCGGCCACCAUCGACUUCGAUUUCGACGCGGCACAUCCGAGAUACACCACACACGUACAGCAUCUCGCUCAAAAGUCUGCUCACGUGGCUACUGUUAUAUUCAAGGGACAGCUAACUCAGUUCCAAGAAGCCGAAGAUGCCAUUUCUGGAGGACAUCCUGCAACAGAAGCCAUUCUGAAUGAUGUCGCCCAGAUCCUAUUGGGCCUGUUUGUUCCAUGGCAUGAUUUAUCUGCGAUCUUGAGCCAGUUUACGUCUCAAGUAAACAUAUACUCCAUAGUGUGGACCAUUGCGCAACCAACCCUCGCACCGCAUAAUCGAGAAUUCGCUGCGAAUAUUGAACUUCUUCGCAAGUCUAAAGAAGACUGCCAGGCAGAUGCGAAGUUACGUGCAUCGACUCGUCUGAACGACGAUUUUUUUGACCGACAGAUUGUUGAUCUCGACCAAGGAAGUUUCGAUUCUGAUAGUGAUGAGCACGAUGACGACUUCCAGGCUCAGAGUGAGAACUUUACCGCAGAGACUCUGAUCGCCGCCUACCACACAAUCAGACAAGUCUGGAGCCGAGAGUCAACUAUCACAGCGCACCGAAUCCCUGUAUUAGCCCGCGGAACAACACCAGGGCGGAAUAUCCAACACUUCAACCCGCGACCAAUUACCAUUCCCACUUCCUCUGCCAAUGAUAUCUUGGGUGUCAGAUUUCUUCCACCUUCCGUACUACAAUGCUGGGAACGUCGUCUCAAAUGCCUUGCGAGCACGAAAGACAAUGCUUCCAUCGCUGAACAGCAGAACUCGUCCUUCCAGCUAGAUGAUUUCGACCAAGACAUUGGAGAUGGCUUCCGACAACCUAUGCUAGUAGACUCGGACGUGUUCCACUCUCUACAGGAUCGUCGAUUUCAGCUUGGUGAGAAUCCAACAGCCGCCUCUCUGGUAUCUUCAGUUGGUCAAGAUAUUCCUCUCAACAGCAAGCAACGAUUGAUCGUGGAAAAAAUAUUAGCCGAAGCUUUGGCAUGCGCAGACCAUCCAUAUGACUCUUCUCGACGGAAGCAACUCCUACUCUGCAUCACAGGAGAAGGCGGCACAGGGAAAUCGCAGAUUCCCAAGGCCAUUGUCGCCGCCAUGGACCUCCUUGGUCGCAAGGAUGAGAUUAUGCUGAUGGCCCCGACAGGAGCUGCUGCAGACACCAUCGGUGGGAAUACGUAUCAUACAUCUCUGGGCAUCUCUAUCAAUCGCCUGCAGAAGAGCUCAAUGGGCUCCCGCGUCAGAAGUCUCUGGGCACACAAGACCAUUAUGUUCAUCGACGAAAUGAGCAUGAUGGACUUGACCAUGCUCAGUGUGGUUAACAACCAUUGCAGGAUUGCUCGUUCACUGGACAGGUCCUCCACUGAACUUUUUGGGGGACUACCCGUGGUCAUUCUCAUGGGAGACUUCUUCCAAUUCCCUCCAGUGCGAGGUCCCGCUCUGUGGAAGGAACCAAGAGACGGCAACGAUGAAGAUGUGAACGGCGAAAUGAUUUGGCAUCAAUUCAAACAAGUCAUCAUCUUGGACGAACAAAUGAGACAAUCAGAAGACCCUUCCUUCCAUAGCCUUCUCACGCGAGCGCGGCGAGCAGCUCUCACACAACGAGAUGUAGAUCGACUCAAUUCCAAAGCCAUCAGUUCACUUCUAGAGCCUCGGUUGGAAUGUGCCACUGCCAUAACCAAGCUAAACUCCAUUCGACAUCUGAUAAAUCGCACCCAGAUAGAGCAUUUUGCAAUCACCAGAUCUCAGACCAUUUGUGUCUUUCCUGCCGAGCACAGCCGUAUCAAAACCAAAAACGCCACCAAAACGCGGCUACGGGCCGAAGACCUGCUCCAGCAACCUGACCAAGGGACAAAGAUCCCAUUCCCUGGUCUCUUUCUCUAUACCCGAAACAUGCCAGCCGUGAUACUGACCAAUAUUUGUUCCCGUAUUGGCCAAGUGAAUGGCGCGUUGGGAACGGUGGUGGGUGUAGUACUAGACCCGACAGGCAAGUCGUCUUUCUCCCGAAAAUAG